CACAAGCCUCGUUCCGUAGUUGGAUAUGGCAGAAGAGGCAGCGCGCGGCCGGCAAUAUGCCUACACGAACAACUCGAGUUUGGUCCUGCAGGCGGACCGAGAUGACCGCCGCCGUCGAAAGGACGAACCAACCGGAGAAGUGGAAUCUCUGGCGGGAAAGAUCACAUACCGUAUGGGCGACCUCGCCCAGCGCGCGGACGCGCCCAAGUUGAAGUCGAGUUCCAAGAAGCGCAAGCAAGGAGACUCUGGCGAAGGAGAGGGCGGCGGCAAUGUGUCGGUGAAGAAGCUCUUCAUCGGGGGACACAAGAACAUCUUGAAGCGCACCGAAGAAUCGUUCAGUUACAUUCCGUCGACCGACGUGAGUCGCGCGGCAUACGAAGAGUUGCUCCAAGUGAUGAAAAAGUACUUGGGCGAUCAACCGUCCGAGAUCAUGGCGGAUGCGGCGGAAGAGAUCCUGCAGAUCGUCAAGAACGACGACUACCGCGACGACGAAAAGUACCGCGAAACGACCAAGUUCCUCCAGGGUAUGCCGUCCCACGAGUUCAGCCACGUGGUGGAGAUGGCGAAACGCAUGACAGAUUUCCGCUCGAGUGUUCCAGACACCAUUGAAGAAGGCCCCGAAGACGGCGGCGACGGCAUGGACAAAGAGAUGGGUGUCGCUGUCGUGUUUGAAGCCGACGACGAAGAAGAGGGCUCCGACAACGACGAAAUUCACGACGAGAGCGACGACGACGACGACGGAGAAGAGCCGGUGCGCGAAGGCAUGCGCGUGAACGACGGAACGAUGGACGACGACGACGGCGUCGACGGCGGCCUCAACGUCCACGACAUCGACGCAUUUUGGUUGCAGCGACAACUAAGUAAAUGGUACAAAGACGCCGAGGUGACGGACCGCCUAUCGGAAGAAGUGCUGACGGUGCUGGGCGAACCGUCGGAGCUCGGCCAUUGCGAGAACAAGCUCGUGCUGCUGCUCGACUACGACAAGUUCGAGUUCAUCAAAGUCCUGUUGGUCAAUCGCGCCAAGGUCGUGUAUUGCACACGGCUCAAGCAAGCCCAGUCGGAUGCAGAACGACUUGCGAUCGAGACGGAAAUGCAAGACGACCCGGUUGGUCGCACAAUUCUACAAACGCUGUCGCAGACCACGACGGCCGAAGGCUGGAUGCAAGCGCGCAUUGGAGCGUUGGAAACGGGCGCGAGGUCGGAAGCCAAGCAGCUCAAGCGCAUGCAGCAGCAAGACGAUGUCGCAGACGCAGACGCGUCAUCGUCCGAAGUGUCGACCGCUCGGCCACUGCACAACGUAAACAUUGAAUCGCUCGUGUUUGCCGAAGGCAGUCACUUUAUGAGCAACAAAGAGUGUGCGCUGCCCGAAGGCACGUGGCGCGCACAAAAGAAGGGAUAUGAAGAGUACCACGUCCCUGCGGUCAAGGCCAAACUGGCGGCCGCCGAAGAAAAGAAGCGCAAGAAGAUCAGUUCGUUGCCGUCGUGGACACACGCUGCGUUUUCGAAAAUGGAGUCGCUCAACCGCGUGCAGACCAAGAUGUACCCCGCGGCGUUUGAAUCGGGCGAGAACUUGCUGCUGUGUGCGCCGACGGGGGCCGGCAAGACCAACGUGGCGAUGCUCACGAUUUUGCACGAAAUGGCCAAAGCGCAGCUCGAGGACGGGUCUAUCGACCUCGAAAGCUUCAAAAUCGUGUACGUGGCACCGAUGAAGGCCCUGGUGCAGGAAGUCGUGAGCAACCUCACGCAGCGACUCACGGCAGCGUACGGCCUCCAAGUCCGCGAGUUGAGCGGGGAUCAAAAUCUGAGCCGCGACGAGCUGUUCAAGACCCAAAUCAUCGUUACGACCCCCGAAAAGUGGGACAUUAUCACGCGCAAAUCAGGCGACGACCGCACGUACACCCAACUGGUUCGGUUGAUGAUCAUUGACGAAAUCCACUUGCUGCACGACACGCGUGGCCCAGUGUUGGAAGCGCUGGUGGCGAGAACGAUCCGACAAGUGGAAAGCACCCAGCAGAUGGUGCGUCUCGUGGGGUUGUCGGCGACGCUGCCCAACUACGAAGACGUGGCGGCGUUUUUGCGUGUGAAUCCGGAGAAGGGGUUGUUUUACUUUGAUUCGAGCUACCGUCCCGUGCCGUUGCAACAGCAGUACAUUGGUAUCAUGGAGAAAAAAGCAAUGAAGCGCCACCAAAUGAUGAACGAGAUCUGCUACGAAAAGGUGUUGGAACAAGCCAAGCACGACAACCAAGUGCUGAUCUUUGUGCACUCGCGAAAAGAAACCGCCGCGACCGCCAAAGCCAUUCGGGACUUGUGCGUCGAAAACGACACGUUGAGCGACUUGUUGAAGCCCAACUCGGCGUCGUCCGAGAUUUUGCAAACCGAAGCUACGACAAACGUUCAGAACGAUGCGUUGAAGGAGAUCCUCCCGUUUGGGUUUGGGGUCCACCACGCCGGCAUGAAGCGCGAAGACCGGUCGCUCGUGGAAGCUUUGUUUGCCGACGGCCACGUCCGUGUGCUGUGCUGUACGUCCACGUUAGCUUGGGGGGUCAACUUGCCUGCGCACACGGUGAUCAUUAAGGGCACGCAAAUGUACUCUGCGGAAAAGUCCGACUGGGUCGAGCUGAGUGCCCUUGACAUUUUGCAAAUGCUGGGUCGUGCUGGGCGUAUCCAGUACGAUACGCAGGGCGAAGGCAUCAUCCUCACCCAGCACGCGCAGCUCAAGUACUACCUCAGCCUCAUGAACCAGCAACUGCCCGUGGAAAGCCAGAUGAUGUCGCGUCUAGCCGACCAAAUGAAUGCCGAGAUUGUGCUCGGGACGGUGCAAAACUUGGCCCAAGCUGCCACGUGGCUGGGCUACUCGUACCUGUAUGUGCGUAUGCUCCGUGCGCCGGCGCUGUACGGCGUGUCGGUGGAAGAAGCGCAGAACGACCCGACGCUGUUUCAGCGGCGAAUCGACUUGUGCCACGCCGCCGCUACGAUCUUGGCCAAGCACAACUUGAUCAAGUACGAGCGCAAGACGGGUCAUUUUCAAGUCACGUCGCUCGGCAAGGUGGCGUCGCAUUACUACAUUGCGCACGACUCGAUGAGCACGUACAACGAGUACUUGAAGCCGCACAUGUCGGACAUUGAGUUGUUUCGGCUGUUUUCGCUGUCGCAAGAGUUCAAGUACGUAAUGGUGCGGUCGGAAGAGCGCUUGGAGCUGGAAAAACUGCUCGAGCGCGUGCCAAUUCCAGUCAAAGAAGCGCUCAACGUGAACGUCCGCGCCAGCAACAGCGGCAGCGCCAAGGUCAACGUAUUACUCCAGGCGUACAUCAGUCGUUUGAGCCUCAACGGAUUUGCGCUGCUAGCCGACAUGGUGCACAUCCACCAAUCGGCCGCGCGUAUCUGGCGCGCGCUGUUUGAGAUUUGCUUGCAUCGAGGGUGGGCUGCGUUGGCGGAAAAGGUGCUGACGAUCUGUAAGAUGGUGGACCACCGCAUGUGGCUAAGCCACACGCCGCUGCGCCAGUUUCCGGCACUGUCGGACGCCACGUGUCGCAAACUAGAAAAGAAGGACAUUCCGUUUGAACGGUACUUUGACCUGUCGAUGGCCGACUUGGGUCAGUUGAUUGGCGUGCCGAAAAUGGGCAAGGAACUGUACACGUUGCUGCAUCAGUUUCCCAAAGUGGAUGUGUCGGCCGCCGUGCAGCCGAUCACGCGCAGCUUGCUCAAGGUGGACCUGAGCUUCACGCCGGACUUUCAAAUGCAAAGCCCUAGCGAAGGCUUUUGGGUGCUCGUGACCGACGUGGACGGCGACGCGCUCAUCCAUCACGAGUAUUUGAUGCUCCAGAAGCGAUAUGCCAAGGAAGAAACGUACUUGAGCUUUACGAUCCCGCUGUUUGAACCGCUCGCGCCACUCUACUACCUCCGCGUGCUCUCGGACAAGUGGCUACACUGCGAAACCACGCUCCCAAUCUCGUUUCAGGACCUGAUUCUGCCCACCAAGAACGCCCCACCCACCGAGUUGCUCGAUCUGCAGCCGCUGUCGGUCAAGGCGGUCCUGGCUAAAGCGGUCGUCCUCGCCGGUCUCAAAGACACGUCCAUGGUGGCCAAGCUCGUGGACGGAUCGUUGGCGCGUGGACCCCGUGGCUGGCGUUUCCAAACGUUCAACCCGAUCCAAACCCAGGCGUUGCCCAAGUUGAUGGAGAACCCCUCAACGUCCAACGUGCUCGUGUGUGCCGCCCCCGGCAGUGGCAAGGGCGUGCUGGCUGACGUGGCGCUCUUGACGUUGUGUCUGCAGCAUUUUGACGCACUCGAAGACGUGUUUUGCGUGUAUGUGGCUCCGAAACCGUCGCUCAUCGCGGCGCAACAUGCGAAUUGGGCGGCGAAAUUUGGCCCCGACAGCGUGUUUGGGCUGGACGUUGUGCGGCUCACGGGCGACGCCACGGCGGACGUCAAGGCGAUUCAAACGGCGCAAGUGGUAGUGGCCACGCCGGAACAGUGGGAUGUGCUUAGUCGCCGGUGGAAGAAGCGUGCACGCAUUCAACACGUGCAGUUGUUUGUGUUGGACCAGUUGCAGUUUGUCGGCGGCGGCGAAUACGGACCGACGAUUGAGAUCAUUGCGUCUCGCAUGCGAUUCAUUUCAAGCCAAGUCAAGUCGCCGAUUCGCAUUUUAGGCCUGAGCAAUUCGUUGGCAAAUGCCAAGGAUGUCGGCGACUGGCUCGGGGCAGACGUGUGCUUGAACUUUCACCCGAACAACCGGCCACUGCCACUGGAAAUCCGAGUGCAAGGCUUCGACAUCAACCACUUUGCGUCGCGCAUGCUCGCGAUGGCCAAGCCAGUGUACAACACGGUGUGCCACCAAGCGCCCGACAAGCAGCCCGUGAUUGUCUUUUGUCCGUCAAGCAAGCAAACGCAACUGUCGGCCAUCGAUCUCAUCACGUUUGCGCUGGCGGAAAACACCCCCCAAAAGUUUGUCUUGAACGAAUCGCUGCAAGUGGCGCUACCCCACGACGACGACGAGGCGCUGGCCCACACGCUGUCGGCGGGCGUCGGGUACGUGACUGAAUCGAUGCGCCGGGCGAACCGCGAGUACGUGCUGGACCUGUUUACGUCCAACAAGAUCCAAAUCCUGCUGCUGCCCCAUACGUUGGCGUGGGAGUUACAAGUCAAAGCGUACUUGGUUGUGAUCAUGGGAACGCAGUCGUACGAUGGCAAAGAGCACAGAUAUGUGGAUUAUCCGUUGGCCGACAUCCACCACAUGACGUCGUUUGCAAACCGACCGUUGGUGGACCACAACUCCAAAGUAUCGGUACUGUGCCAUUCGUCUAAAAAGCGGUUUUAUACGAAAACGUUGUACGACCCUCUGCCGGUGGAAUCUCAAUUGGAGUACUUUUUGAGCGACCACAUCAACGCGGAGAUUGUGACGAAAACGAUCGAGUCCAAGCAGGACGCCGUCGACUACCUCACGUGGACGCUCAUGUAUCGGCGGCUGCUCAAGAACCCCAACUACUACCAAAUGCACGGCAGUACCAACGUCCACUUGAGCGACCACUUGAGCGACCUUGUGGAGCGCACCGUAACCAGUUUGAGCGACUCGCGAUGCAUUGCCGUGACAGACGACUUGGAGCUGAGUCCGAUGAAUUUGGGCAUGAUUGCUGCGUUCUACUACAUCCGGUACACCACGAUCGAGUUGUUUGCGUGCAGUGUCACUGCGACGUCCAAAUUAAAGGCAUUGCUCGACAUUUUGGCCGCGUCGUCUGAAUUUGACACGCUGUCGGUUCGUUUUGGCGAAGACCGCGUGCUGGAGAAGCUGGCCAAGCACUUGCUGUGGCCCGUGGCGCCUCCAUACACGGCAAUCCACGUCAAGGUGCAUGUGCUGCUGCAGAUCCACUUUAGUCGGCAGCACGACCGCCUAUCGCCAUACUUGAAGCAAGACUUGAACGCGAUUCUGCAGACCUGCGGCCGGCUCCUGCAUGCGCUGGUGGACGUGAUCUCGUCCAAUGGGUGGCUGAAACCAGCGUUGGCGACCAUGGACUUGAGCCAGAUGGUCACGCAAGGCGUGGGUCUGAACGCGUCGCCGCUGCUCCAAAUUCCGCACUUUACCCCAAGCGUAGUCGACUCGAUCAAAGCCCACAACUCGACUUGUGACAACGACCAAGACGUGAUUGACACGCCGCUGGACCUGCUCAGCGUCGACGACAGCGUCCGCACGAAACUGCUGACGUUUUCUCCUUCCAAGAUGGCGGACAUUGCGGCGUUUUGCAAUUCGUACCCGGAUGUGUCGAUUGAAAUUCAAGUGGACAACCCGGACGACAUUGCCGCGGGCGACGUCGUGUCUGUGCAGAUCAAAAUCGACCGCGAAGGCGGCGACGACGACGAUGAAGCCAAGGACGACUGGGGUGUAGUGAUUUCGAAGCACAACCCCGUGGAAAAGGUCGAAAAUUGGUGGGUUGUGAUUGGAGACCCGGCGACCAACACGCUCUUGAGUAUCAAGCGCAUUCCGGUGCAAAAGCAGGCGUCGCUCUCGCUCGACUUUGCCGCGCCUAGUGGCGCCGCGGGCACGUACAACUACACGGUGUACCUGAUUUGCGACUCGUACAUGGGCGCCGACUUGGAAAACGAACUGACGAUCCACGUGCACGAAGGCCGAGACACGGACGAUGACAAGGACGAAUAACCAUAAUGUAUAUCUCUCUGCCUGUAUAUUGCCAGUGAUAUUUACCAUUGUGACACGAAUAACCAUAAUGUAUAUC